UCUCUAGGCGAGUGCAUAAUUCGCGUAAGGUUCGAAAAGCUCGAGCCUGGGUACAAAGAGGAAUCGCAGCGGCCCUGCGAUCAAGGAAGACACGAGACGGCCGCGCGGCGGAGGGUAGGGAGGCCGCCGCCGUCGUGCGCGGCCUUUAUAGAAAAUAGGAGGCGGCAGAAGGCAGUGUAGGUUCGAGGACCGAGCGUGCGGUGCUGACGGUGAGAGUGCGUGCCGCGCGAGGCUAGAUGUGUUUAAACUGAACUACCGUAGCUUCGAUAACCUGGUUCCGCGACAUCGCGAAGACGGACUCGGAUAAGCGCGUACGGUUUCCACGGUUUCUACCCUUAUCGACCGAGCGCGAGGGACUCGAACCCUCCCCUGGUCUUGCAUUUGUUUACAAAUUACCGCAAGUACUCGACUCGGCAAAUAGUGGGGACUGAGCGGAGGAAUCUCGAUGUCGAAUCUUACAUCAUGCCUGCUGCAGUGAAGAUGGAGAAUCGGAAUGCAACGAAACCGGCGAGCUGGGACAUGAUACACAACCUUCGCCCAGGCUCGGACUCCCUCCCUGCACUCGCUACCGCGAUCAAUCCCUCGCCACUCCGCAAAUAACACUACGCGUAUACCCGCAUCAUCCGCGAGGAGAUAAAUACGCGUGUCUAUCCUCUACCUGUGCCUGAAAUUCACUUGUCGAUACGCGCGUAGAACCCCCGAAUACGCGUCACGUAUACAUAAAACAUACAUCGUAGAAUAGACAGCAUACUUCGCGGGGGAGAGAUCGAGCAGGAAUCAUGUCCGCGGGGACGUCGGCGGUCAAUCGCGGGGAAUUUCGCUCCGUCGUUGACGAUUUCCGGCGUGCCGAGCUGCAGCCGACAGGUGCGAUGCAUCGGCCAGGGAACAACAAACACUCGGGAGCUUCGUGGGCGAGCAGUGGCGAGAUGAGACUCAGGCAGGGAUCGUCGGAGCCGGGUUACCCGGGCCAGACUCUCGGGCUCUUCGCCUCGGUCUCGUCGCCCGCCGGUCUGACGAUCGUCGCCCCGGAAACGAGGCUCGCUGCGGUCAACGGCAUGAUCAAGGCCAACAGCAGCUCCUCCGUUACGACCGAAAACUCCUGCUCCUCCUCGGCACCGACCUCCGAGGAUAUCGGCAACCAUCUUCACUCCACGACGACGAGGACGAGAACCAGGUCUGCCACGACGCCAUCCAGCAGGGCCGGGAGCAAUGACAAUACCCUGAGCAACGCCGACUUCUCGACGGGUUCGGUUCUCCUCUCGCCUCGUCCAACGCCCUACGCCUCGCCGCCCCUAUCCUUAUCGACCGUCGACGGCGCGCCCUCGGCUAACACCUCGCGGAAUGCGGCGGCGGGGCCGACGCGCCCUAACUCGACACCGCGGAAACCAAGCCUCUCGAAUUCCGUCGGUGCCGGAAGCCCCGGGAGCCCGGCCAGCCCGGGAAGCCUUCCGGUCAACGAGGGGCCAUCGACUUCGUCGUGGAACAACUCGGGCGAUCAGGAAUCCGAGUACGUCGUCGACCCUGUUAACGGGAACACCUAUUACAAGGGGCAGUUUCUAGGCAAGGGAGGCUUCGGGAGAGUUUAUCUGCUUACCGAUGCAGCGAGCGGUAACCAGUAUGCGUGCAAAAUUAUACCGAAGAAUCGAAUGCAGAAGAUACACCUGCAAAAGAUCGCGAGGGAGAUAAUGAUUCACAAGAAAUUGACUCACGUAAACGUCGUCCAGAUGUACCACUACUUUGAAGACAAUCUUAACGCGUACAUGCUGCUUGAAGCUUGUCCCAGGAAGAGCUUGAUGCACGUACUGAAGUACCGAGGUCGAGUUACCGAACCGGAGGCUCGAUACUACAUGAAGCAGAUGGUCGAUGGAGUGAUGUACAUACACUCGCAGAAGGUUGUGCACCGUGACCUAAAACCAGGGAACAUGUUUUUGUCGGAGCACAUGAUCGUUAAAAUUGGAGACUUUGGCCUCGCCACUAGCCCAGACGGUCAACGAAGGCGCGUAACAAUAUGCGGAACCCCAAAUUAUAUUGCGCCGGAAGUGCUGUACAAGCAAGCCUACAGCUACGAGGCAGACGUCUGGGCGCUCGGAUGCAUUCUCUACGCUCUUCUGGUCGGUCAGCCGCCUUUCGAAUCGUCACAGCUAAAGGAGACCUACGCGAGGAUUUGCAACAACCAGUACAAGGAGGUCGACGAUUCGAUAGCCACACAGAACGGCCAGGAUCUAAUACACUGGCUGCUCCAACCAAGCCCGAAACUAAGACCAUCGCUUGACCGGGUCAAGGAGCAUGACUACCUCAUCAAGGAAUACGUCCCGGUUGCCCUACCGCACACUUGUUGCUACCAAAUGCCACCCCCCCACGUGAUCAUACCGCCGACGGCGUCGCAGGUCAGCCACGCCGAGGGUCUGACGCACUCGGUGUCAGCUAUGACCAUCCAAAAGUCCUCGGUCAAGGAAGUGAAGGUCAAUUGGCUGGCGAAGAAGCUCCCGAAACUCCCAAGGUUCAAGCACAGGCUCAGCGCCAUCCUUUGUCCGAGCAACAAGAAGGGUGACAUUGUGAUGCAGAGCACCCAGAUGCACAAGGCGAUGGAGAUAUGCCUCGCGGAAAUCGCUUGCGCCUGCACAGCGAAAAACCCGCCGACCGUCGACGACGUUAUGCCACUCUUCGUCACCAAGUGGAUCGAUUACUCGAACAAGUACGGCCUCGGUUUUCAACUAUCCGACAAGUCCGUUGGCGUGCUGUUCAACGACAGUACCAAGAUGAGCUACACCCACGAUAGAAGGAGAGUUGAGUACAUGACUACCGACGACGAGAUUACCCGGUACAACAGAGAAAAGGACGUUUCUGUACCCCUGCAGAAAAAGCUCGCCUUACUGCGUUACUUCACUCGGUAUAUGGAUGACUAUCUCACUGAAGGUGGCGAGGUCAGGGAGCCACGCGAGUCGAGACAAACGAGGGCUGCUUGUGUGCCGCGAAUGAAGCGUUGGUUGCGCACGGACAAAGCCAUAGUAAUGGAGCUUACGAUCCCCUUGCUGCAAGUCAAUUUCUUCCGUGAUCACACGAAAAUGGUGGUAUCCCAGGAGUCUCAGGGGAAGGGAUACCUCGUAACGUACAUCGACGCUAGCAGACAGGCAACGUCGUAUUGGCUUAAAGAUCUGUGCGAAUUCGGAUGCACUGCUGAUCUAUACGAGCGCUUGCACUACGUGUGCAAAGUGUCACGUGAGUUUGCGGAAAUGGAUCAAAGCAUGACUCCCUGAUUUCUGGUGCCCCGAAUGUUUAGUUGAUCACCGGAUGGAGGUUACGAAUCCCUUUGUAUUGAGCCUAAUCUUUAUUCCUCGACAUGUUAUACGUAUAUUUCGAAUUCGUAUUUCGGUUUUGUCUUCGUUAAUUUCAUCAAUUGCACGAUGUAAUUGUUACAUUUAAAUAAUAAUAAUAAAAAAAAAAGAAAAUCUGUGGUAUUAUACGUAUAGUCUUGUUCCAAUUCAGAUGAAUAUAUUUUUCAAUAUAUCUGCAGUGCAAUUUAUCUCCACACGACACACAUUGUCCUUGUUUUUGUCGAUGGAAUAUCUCUGAACGAUCUCAGAAUGUGUGCAGAAAGUGAGAAAAUUUGAAUCAAAUCUUCCAAAGAAAUUGCAGUAUAUACUAUGCAAUAUUUCGAACUACAUUAUUUCGCGAAAGUGAUGAUUUUCAGAUUAUUUAAUAUUAUUACUGAGACAUACCAUAUGUGCUGUACGGGCGAAUACAAUAUUUAUAGACAAAAAAAAAAAAAAAAAAACACUUGCAAUGCCUUAACGAACAUCGAUCGCUUAGCGAUACUUAUAUUUUACUAGGUAAAAAAAUAUUUAACGAAGAAAAUUGAUAAUGAUCGUUGUAUUUAUUUUUUUUUUUUAUUAAUCUUGUCUGAACCAAACAUACGUAGUGGAUGAAAGAAUUGAUCGACCUGAUUUAGUGAGCAAAAAUUUUUUUUUUUAACGUUAUUUUCGUUAUUUUCGAAUGAGAGAUUCCCGCGUACCUAUAAUAAUAUAAAGAUAUAAAUAAGUGAGUGCGUGCGUGCGCUAUCACUGCCAUGAUCACGCUGCAGUGGCGUCUUAUAAUCGCUGCUGCUUCCAGGCUGUUACUUACAUUUAUUAUUAACUAAUAUUAAUUGUGAAUUAUUAUAUAUGUUUAUGAUAUAUCCGACAUUAUAUGAUUGUGCAUUGUAGGAAUCAUAAUUACCAUUGUUAAAGACAUGGGAGAGAAAUUUCCGAGACGUGAGCGGUCAGGAACGAACUAUAAACCAUGUUAAAUCCACCCGUUUAAUUGAAACAGUUUUUUUCAAUAACCGCAGAAAAAAAUUAUCCGUGAUUACCAUUAGAGAUUUUGGACAAUUGUAUUUCCAAUUCAGAGUGUAAUGAAUACUUUGUGAAAACGUCCAAAUCCUCAACCCAAUCGAUUAAUUUCACCUGGUUGUUGUUUCCCUCAGAUUCGAUACCAGAAUCGUUAUUCAUUACUUAUGUGAUUAUACCUUCAGAUUUGUUCAGAUAUGCUUUAGAAUUCAACGAGUGGGAUCAUAGGAAAUUUACUUGUUAGACCUAUUUAUAGUCAGAUCGUAUCUGGCUAGUCGGUGAAUAGGUAUACAUACCUACAAUAUAGUAUAUUAUUAUUUACUACAUAUACUACGCCUAAUUAUUAUUAUUAUACAUACAAAUAUUACUAUAUAUUUAAACACAUAGAAAAAAAAUUGUACGCGAAUAAUAUUGUUCUACAUAUAGUAAGCGUUAUCAGUGACCAUAAAACCCAACGAUUAGGGUAAUAAAGAACCACAUAAUUAUGAUUAUUUUUAUUAUGAUUUUCUAUUGAAUAGGUUGUGAUGUUACCUAUCACCAGUUUGUUAAAAUCGUUGAAAAAUACUUAAAGAAAGAACAAAAAAAAAACAAGAAAA